AUUGUCCUGUCAGACCCAUUUCAGUUUUCCAUCAUCAACAGACCCUCCACUGAAGAUAGUGAGAAGUUGGAACACUUUCGAUAGGUGUAGCCAAAGCAAUAGAUAGUCAGUCGUCAUAUUGUCAAUUCUCUUUUUGUGUGUAUUGAAGGUGAAUUUUCAGUGAAUAUUUAUUAGUAUGAAUAUUAUGGGUAUAUUGAGUACUCCAUAAACCAUCAAUUAGUGUGAGUGAGUUUAGAUUUAAUAGCAGAUACGUUGGAGGCUGAAAUGACCCUGUUAACAGCCCCUGGAGCCUAACUUCAGCAGUAGGACAGACCUCAGACCGUCUAAACACGUGUUUUGGUAUUUUUCCAUCUUCCGUUUUCCACAGAUAGAUUAAAUUAAUUUUUUUCUGUAUUGAAGUGUUUUAAUUGAAACCAUGACAAACCAGCCAGAAUAGACAAUCAGGGAUCAAUACUGUUAAUCACAUUUGAUUUGAUGGCUGGAACUGAAUUCACUUUAAACGCUAACGAAGAGGAAGACAGUGAGGAAUGUCGCAUGGAAAAAUGCUUUGAAUAUAAUGAAUUCGCUCCAUACAUCAAUUUAGAUUGCAUCCAAGUAGAUUCGCAAGGAGGGAACAAAUCACCUUUUGAAAUUUUAAGCCAACAAAUGACAAACGUGACCGAUGAUGGGAAAGUUAAAAAGAAGAUUCUAAGGCAGGGUACUGUCCAGCUGCCACCUAAUGCCGCUGUUUAUAUUCAGUAUAAUUCUUACCUUGAAUUAGAAGAGGUUCCUUUUGAUUCGAGUUAUUUGCGCUCGAAGCAUCCUUUCAGGCUUCAAUUAGGCUUACAGGUGGUUUAUGAAGGCUUUGAACUGAGUAUUUGUACGAUGAAAAAGGGUGAAAAAUCUCAGUUUUUAAUUGAUCAUACUUACGCAUUUGGAAAAAUGGGAGCUCCACCUAGGAUUCCACCAUGUGCAACUAUACUGGUUGAAAUUGAGCUGAUUAAUUUUGUAGACUGCGGCAAUGUCUAUGUCGAUGAAAAUUUGUCGAUCAAUGAAAAGAGCAAGUUUGAACAUGCGUAUUCAAAAGCAAAAUCUUACCAUGCUCUUGGAAAUGAUUAUUUCUCUAAUAAAAAUUUCAACGCUGCAGUUGAAAAUUAUAAAAAAGCCGAAAGAUUACUUAUUAACUGCAAAAUGAGCUCUGAUGAUGAAGAAAAUCGUCAGAGCCAUUUGUUACUGAAGCUCUAUGUCAAUCUUAUGGUAUGUUAUAAUACACCAAAAAUAAACAUACCUGAAAAAGUGUGCAUCUGUGCAAGAGAAGCAUUUCAAUCUGCACCCAAGGAGGCUUCAAAAAAUGCCAAACUCUUUUUUAACUUGGGCAAGGCUCAAAUGUCCCUGCAAGAAUUCAACAAAGCCACAAAGAGUUUUAAAAAAGCGUUAGGCCUUGCGCCAAACUGUAAAGAAAUAAAUGAUUCGUUGUUAAUUUUAGAAGAAAAACAAAAGAAAUAUUACCAAUUUGAAAAAAUAUCUUAUAAAAAAGCCCUCGGACUUGAAAAAAGCGUUGAAAAUACUGAGAAAGAACCUGAUAAAAAAGAAAUGUGUGAAGUCAAAGACGAGUCUGUUGAGCCAGAAUUUGAAAAUUUGACACGAGAAGUGGUAAAGGAUUUUGUCAGAGGGCCUCAUUCCAAAAUGACUUUGCCCUCUGGUCUGACGUAUGCCGAAAGAGCAGUUUGUGAAUCAGUUGCUGCCGAACAUGGUUUGUCAGUUCAAGAUGAAAUCGUAGGUGGAAUCCAGGCACUCCACUUACUGAAAUAGUUCUUUAAAACAACCCAAUUUCAUUUAACAUGUUUUGGAACGUUUACUAUUUUU